GGUGUCACUGAGGGUAUAAAUUGGGGCUGGGCUCAGUGUGUGCAUUCCCAUCAAAGGCCAACAUGAGGACAGGCACAGUCUUUGUUUUAGUGGCUUUUGUCAUCUUGGGGAUGGAGAUGGCCUUCGCUCAGAGACAUUCUAAUGGAGGGGGAGACAGACCUGGAUUCUGCCCCAAGCUGCCCAAAGAUGCCAUUGGGCUUUGUGUUGAAAAGUGCUUAGGAGACGAAACAUGUCCCAGGGGAAUGAAAUGCUGCAGCAAUGGAUGUGGCCACGUAUGCAAACCUGCUAUCCAUGUGAAGAAUGCUGUUGAUGACCCUGUGGAGGAAGAAUGGGGGGUGUAAGCAUGCCUGGAGACCAGCCCCAGAAGAUUGCUCAUGAAUGCAUGGAUCCAGUGCUUGGCAUAACAUUUUCCACACACCAUUCCUGGCAAGUGUCUAUCCCUUGAUGUGCAGUCCCAGAAGAUGAAGAUCUAAAUGGGCGGAGAGGAUGAUUCUAUAGAGUUUCUGUCCAAAAUAAAUCUUACCCGUGGCAUUA